AAAAAUCCCGCCGUGGACUUGGGCACAUUUAUUCCUGUUCCUGGUCUGAUCUACGCAAGUGCUCUGGAGCUGGCCGCUUCCUGUAUGGAGAUUGCUGUCGUCAGCGGCAGAAAUGCUGCUCUGCUCAUUAGUACCCAGUCUGCCAAAAAGAAGCCCUCAGGGGAAGUGUAA